AUGUUCCCACAAAGAAGUACUCCGACCAAGGCUCAGAUUAAAGCGAAUCUCUUGAAGGCGGUUGCCGCUGCGCACACGGCCAUGGAAGAAGGCCGCCAUCCGUUCGGAUCUGUGCUUGUCGGGCCUGACAACGAGUCAGUUGUUCUAGAGCAGGGCAAUGUGAACACUCUGAAUCACGCUGAAUCGACGCUUUGCAGGGUGGCAUUUGAGAAGUACUCGCAGGACUACCUUUGGCAGUGCACCCUCUACACCAAUUUCGAGCCAUGCUGCAUGUGUGCGGGCUCCAUCUACUGGUCGAACAUUGGCAGGGUCGUCUAUGGGCUCAGUGAACACGCGUUGCUAGAGCUGACCGGUGACCACGAGGAAAACAUGACGUUGGACAUGCCGUGUAGGAAAAUCUUCAGCUCAGGUCAGAAAAACGUCGAGGUCGUAGGACCAUUUGCAGACACUGAGUCGGAUAACGAGCUCAAGGAGGCUAUCCUGAAGGACCAUGUUUCCUUCUGGAAGUAG